GCGGGGAGAAGAGAGGGAGGAAAGUAGAUCUGUAGGACUUGAGUGAGGAAAAAGUUUGCAACUCUGAACAGACUGGAAAGCCGACUGGCACAAUUGGAACAUCCGCUGACCCUCUCUGGCUCAAGCCUUCUCCCAAUAAAUCCUCAAGAUUAUGUCAAUCGGUCAGAGUCAGCCAGGGAUUUCGUGCUGGUGCUGAAGGAGCUGCAGGAGCCGGGGAAGAAUGAAACUGCGUGGAGUCAGCCUGGCUGUCGGCUUGUUCUUACUGGCCCUGAGUGUUUGGGGGCAGCCCGCAGAGGCUGCGGCUUGCUAUGGUUGUCCUCCAGGAUCAAAGUGUGACUGUAGUGGUGUAAAAGGAAAAAAGGGAGAGAGAGGAUUUCCAGGUUUGGAGGGCCAUUCAGGUUUGCCUGGAUUUCCAGGUCCAGAAGGGCCUCCAGGGCCUCCAGGUCAAAAGGGUGAUGUCGGAAUUCCAGGACCACUGGGACCAAAAGGAAUCAGAGGUCCUCCUGGACUUCCUGGAUUUCCAGGGACACCGGGUCUUCCCGGAAUGCCAGGCCAUGAUGGAGCUCCUGGUCCUCAAGGUAUCCCUGGAUGCAAUGGAACCAAGGGAGAACGUGGAUAUCCAGGCAGUCCUGGUUUUCCUGGUUUACAGGGUCCUCCAGGACCUCCUGGGAUCCCUGGUAUGAAGGGGGAACCCGGUAAUAUAAUUAUGGCAUCACUGCCAGGACCAAAGGGUAACCCAGGAUAUCCAGGUCCUCCUGGAAUUCAAGGCCCAGCUGGUCCAAUGGGAAUACCUGGGCCAACUGGUCCUCCAGGACCGCCAGGUUUGUUGGGCCCUCCUGGCCCACCAGGACCACCAGGACCAAAGGGGAAUAUGGGUUUAAAUUUUCAAGGACCUAAGGGUGAAAAGGGUGAGCAAGGUCUUCAGGGCCCUCCUGGACCACCUGGGCAGAUCAGUGAACAGAAAAGACCAAUUGAUGUAGAGUUUCAGAAAGGAGAUCAGGGACUUCCUGGUGACCAAGGGCCUCCUGGACCUCCAGGGAUACGUGGUCCUCCAGGUCCUCCAGGUGGUGGGAAAGGUGAGAAGGGUGAGCAAGGAGAACCAGGCAAAAGAGGUAAACCAGGCAAAGAUGGAGAGAAUGGUCAACCUGGCAAUCCAGGUUUACCUGGUGAUCCUGGUUACCCUGGUGAACCAGGAAGGGAUGGUGAAAAGGGCCAAAAAGGCGACAUUGGUCCACCUGGGCCUCCUGGAGUUGUAAUUCCUAGACCUGGUACUGGUGUCACUACAGGAGAAAAAGGAAAUACUGGCUUACCUGGUUUGCCGGGAGAAAAAGGAGAGCAAGGAUUUCCUGGAAUGCAGGGUCCACCUGGCCUUCCUGGUCUUCCAGGCACUGCAGUUAUGGGUCCUCCUGGGCCCACUGGAUUUCCUGGAGAAAGAGGCCAGAAAGGUGAUGAAGGUCCACCCGGUAUUUCUAUUCCUGGAUCUCCUGGACUUGAUGGACAUCCUGGGCCUCCUGGCCUUCCAGGACCUCCUGGCCCACCAGGCCCUCACAUCCCUCCUAGUGAUGAGACAUGUGAACCAGGACCUCCAGGUCCCCCAGGAGCUCCAGGUGAUAAAGGACUCCAAGGAGAACAAGGAUUGAAAGGUUUGAUCCCCAAACAUAUUCAUUUGUUUUUGAAAUCUUCAGCAAAAUCCCCUGUAUUCAUCUUUCAUUCUACCUCAACCAGUCACUCCAAUGUUUAUACCCCAAGACCAUCUCCUGAACAAUAUUUCUUUCAUCGGUGUUAUAGAAUUUUCAUUGUGAAAUUUUUCACCUCUUUGGGCAUACCAGGAGCUCCAGGUGCUCCAGGACUUCCUGGAACUAAAGGGGAGCCUGGUGACAUCUUCACUUUUCCAGGAAUGAAGGGUGAAAAAGGAGAGUUUGGUGCUCCUGGAGCUCCGGGACUUCCUGGUUUACCCGGCAUGCCUGGGCAGGAUGGAUUUCCAGGUCUUCCUGGCCCCAAAGGAGAGCCUGGUGGAAUUGCUUUUAAGGGUGAAAGAGGUCCCCCUGGGAAUCCAGGUUUGCCAGGUCUCCCAGGGAAUAUGGGACCCAUGGGCCCUGUUGGUUUUGGCCCUCCUGGUCCAAUAGGUGAAAAAGGCAUACAAGGUAUUGCAGGAAACCCAGGCCAGCCAGGAAUACCAGGUCCUAAAGGUGAUCCAGGUCAGACCAUAACACAGCCAGGGAAGCCUGGGCUGCCUGGCAACCCAGGUAGAGAUGGUGAAGUAGGUCUUCCAGGUGAUCUUGGGCUCCCAGGCCAACCGGGUUUGCCAGGAAUACCUGGUAGCAAAGGAGAAGCAGGUAUUCCUGGGAUUGGGCUUCCUGGACCACCAGGUCCCAAAGGUUUUCCAGGAGUCCCAGGACCUCCAGGAGCAACUGGGAUCCCCGGGAGAAUUGGUCUAGAAGGCCCUCCUGGGCCACCAGGCUUUCCAGGACCAAAGGGAGAGCCAGGAUUUGGGUUACCUGGGCCACCUGGGCCACCAGGACUUCCAGGUUUCAAAGGAACACUUGGUCCAAAAGGUGAUCGUGGUUUCCCAGGACCUCCAGGUCCUCCAGGACGCACUGGCUUGAAUGGGCUACCUGGACCUAAAGGUGAUGUUGGACCAAAUGGGCAGCCUGGACCAAUAGGACCUCCUGGGCAGCCAGGAAUUGGUGUUCAGGGACCACCAGGACCACCAGGAAUUCCUGGACCAAUGGGCCAACCAGGCUUACAUGGAAUACCAGGAGAGAAGGGGGAUCCAGGACUUCCUGGAUUUGAUGUUCCAGGACCUCCUGGUGAGAGGGGCAGUCCAGGGAUCCCUGGAGUACUUGGCCCUGUGGGACCUCCAGGAUCACCAGGGCUCCCAGGAAAGGCAGGUGCCCCUGGAUUCCCAGGCACCAAAGGUGAAAUGGGUAUGAUGGGACCUCCAGGCGCACCAGGACCUUUAGGAAUUCCUGGCAGGAAUGGUGCUCCUGGUCUUAAAGGCAAUGAUGGCUUACAGGGUCAGCCAGGACUUCCUGGCUCUGCAGGAGAAAAAGGUGGUAAGGGAGAACCUGGCCUUCCAGGCCCUCCUGGACCAAGGGAUCCAAAUCUCCUAGCCUCAAAAGGAGAAAAGGGAGAACGUGGCUUACCAGGUAUUCCUGGAAUCUCAGGACCAAAAGGCUACCAGGGUUUGCCUGGAGACCCAGGGCAACCUGGACUGAGUGGAGAACCUGGAUUACCAGGACUACCAGGUCCCAAGGGUGAUCCUGGUUUCCCUGGCCAGCCAGGACUUAUAGGACCUCCUGGACUUAAAGGAAACAUAGGUGAUAUGGGUUUUCCAGGUCCUCAGGGUGUGGAAGGACUGACCGGACCUCCUGGAGUUCCUGGACAACCUGGUUCCCCAGGAUUACCUGGACAGAAAGGAGACAAAGGUGAUCCUGGCAUUUCAGGCAUUGGUCUUUCAGGUCUUACUGGCCCAAAGGGUGAACCUGGUCUGCCGGGAAUCCCAGGGAACCCAGGUAUCAAAGGUUCUAUGGGAGUUACUGGUUUACCUGGAUUACCAGGAACACCUGGAGCAAAAGGACAACCUGGACUUUCUGGGUUCCCAGGAACCCCAGGCCUUCCUGGGCCAAAAGGAAUUAGUGGUCCUCCUGGGAAUCCUGGCCUUCCGGGAGAACCUGGUCCUAUAGGUGGUGGAGGUCAUCCUGGGCCCCCAGGGCCUCCAGGUGAAAAAGGAACACCAGGUCAAGAUGGUAUCCCUGGGCCAGCUGGACAGAAGGGUGAACCAGGUCAGCCAGGUUUUGGAAUUCCAGGAGCCCCUGGACUCCCAGGACUUUCUGGUCAAAAGGGUGAUGGAGGGUUACCUGGCAUUCCCGGAAACCCUGGCCUUCCAGGUCUAAAGGGUGAACCAGGCUUUCAGGGUUUCCCUGGUGUACAGGGUCCCCCAGGCCCUCCUGGUUCUCCAGGUCCAGCUCUCGAAGGCCCUAAAGGCAACUCUGGGCCGCAAGGUCCUCCUGGAAGACCAGGUCCUCCAGGUUUUCAAGGUCUACCAGGUCCAGAAGGUCCCCGUGGUCUCCCUGGAAAUGGAGAUGUUAAAGGAGAAAGGGGAAACCCAGGCCCACCUGGGCCACCUGGCUUGCCGGGUCUGAAAGGAGAUCAAGGACCACCGGGACUCUCGGGUAAUCCUGGCCGGCCAGGUCUCAAUGGAAUGAAAGGAGAUCCUGGUCUUCCUGGUGUUCCAGGAUUCCCAGGCAUGAAAGGACCCAUUGGAGUACCUGGUUCAACUGGCCCUGAGGGGGAACCAGGACUUACUGGAUCCCCAGGUCCUCCUGGAUUACCUGGUCCUUCAGGACACAGUAUUAUAAUCAAAGGAGAUGCUGGUCCUCCAGGGAUCCCUGGCCAGCCUGGUUUAAAAGGUCCACCAGGACUAUCAGGCCCUCAAGGCUUACCAGGUCCAGUUGGUCCUCCAGGGGAUCCUGGACGUAAUGGACUUCCUGGCUUUGAUGGUGCAGGAGGGCGCAAAGGAGACACAGGUCUGCCAGGCCAGCCAGGUGCCCGUGGUUUGGAUGGUCCUCCAGGACUAGAUGGGUUGCAAGGUCCACCAGGUCCCCCUGGAACCACUUCAGUUGCCCAUGGAUUUCUCAUCACACGCCACAGCCAGACAGUGGAUGCACCACAAUGCCCACAGAGAACAGUCCAGAUCUCUGAAGGUUUUUCUCUCUUGUAUGUACAAGGAAAUAAAAGAGCCCAUGGUCAAGACUUGGGAACCUCUGGCAGCUGUCUUCGUCGCUUCAGUACCAUGCCUUUCAUGUUCUGCAAUAUCAAUAAUGUUUGCAACUUUGCUUCAAGAAAUGACUAUUCUUACUGGCUUUCUACUCCAGAGCCUAUGCCAAUGAGCAUGGAACCCUUGAAGGGUCAGAGCAUUCAGCCAUUCAUCAGUCGAUGUGUAGUAUGUGAAGCUCCAGCUAUGGUGAUUGCAGUUCACAGUCAGACCAUCCAGAUUCCUCAUUGUCCUCAGGGAUGGGAUUCUCUGUGGAUUGGUUACUCCUUUAUGAUGCAUACAAGUGCAGGGGCAGAGGGCUCAGGUCAAGCCCUGGCCUCACCUGGCUCCUGUUUGGAAGAGUUUCGUUCUGCUCCCUUCAUCGAAUGUCAUGGGCUAGGAACGUGUAACUACUAUGCCAACUCCUACAGCUUUUGGCUAGCAACUAUAGAUGUGUUGGACAUGUUCAGUAAGCCUCAAUCAGAAACACUGAAAGCAGGAGACUUGAGGACACGUAUUAGCCGAUGCCAAGUAUGCAUGAAAAGGACAUAACAUUUUGAAGAAUUCCCGUGUGUUUCUAAAUGUGAUAUAUAUAUAUAUAUAUAUAUAUAUAUAUAUAUAUAUAUAUAUUUUCCAGGAUGCAAUGUCUCACACUCCCCAACUUUACCACUGCUGCCACUAAUGGUGCUCCUAUAUAUGACUAAGACAGCAUGCUGACUAGUAACCAUGAAGAUUCAAAUGUACCUCAGCAAUGCACAGCAAGACCUCUGUUAUUUUUCUAUGAUAGAAAUAAGGAAAUGAAUUUACUUUUUGGGUCCAGAAUCAUUUUCUCUGAGGAUUAUAAGAUGAAAUUGUAUAUUUUGCCCAGUUACUGAAAUGGUACAUUAAAAAUUCAAUUAAUAGAAGAAUCACACAGAAUUAAAUAAAAGACUGCAGUCAGUUUGGGGGAAGAAUUAUUUUUCAUGGUGCUACUAAUCCUACUGUAUCCCAGGUUUUUAAUAUAAAAGUGCUAAAUUUAUUGUGCUGUGUAAGUAAAGAAUGUGUAUAUUGUAUAAACAACCUUUUAGGUCAAAAUGUUGAGUCACUUAGAUGUGACCUGGUGUGAAUCACUUUUUACAGAAAACAUAAGAAAGCCUAGAAUAUAGACAACAAGAUUUUAGAUGUGAGGGAAUUUAUACUCUUACAUCAAGUACUACUGAGAUUAAAUUUGAGUUUUCUUCCCCCAAUUUUUUAUUUUAUUAUUUUUAAAAAGAUUGUUUUAGUCGCUUUAAUCACAUUUUUAAAAGUUCAUGUUCCAUAUCAAAUUAUAAUAUCCAAUGGAACAGUUUAUUUUUUGCUAUAUUCUGCAAACACUUUUGAUACCAGAUGCCUCUUGUUUCAAUGUUUUUACAUUUUGUUUUUGCUCAUCCCAGACUGGGCAAAUUUCUCUCUAAUUUUGAAAAACAAAAUUUACCAAAAAACUUUAAUGAUUCUUUUCUUGGUGCUUCUUGUAUAAAGUUCUUCUCUUUUGGUCUCUCUUGUAUAAGAAAUAGGAAGACAAUACUUGGUUAAUUGUCUUCUUCAAUUACAAAACAAAAAAAACAAAAAAAAAUGUUUUUUUUUUAACCCUUUUUAUUUUAAACAUUUUAUUAUAAAAUAGUCAUAGGAUACCUUAUUUCCUUACUUGUCAUCUUCUCACUGAAUGUUUUUUGACACACCAAUAUCAAUUAAUUAAAG